AUGUCCCUCGUGGCCUACGCCAGCAGCGAGGAGGAGGAGGGCGAGGAGGCGGCGCCCCCCAAGAAGCGCCCGCAGCCCGUCAGGAUCGCCGCCCCGCACCUGCGCGCGCCCGGGUCCGACUCCGAGGAGGAAGACGAUGAGCCGGCCAAGAAGCAGCAGCCGCCCUUCCAGGGCCACAGUGAGGGAUCUGGCUUGUCCGCGUUGCUUCCUCAGCCCAAAAACAUGACGGUGAAGGAGACAAACCGGGUGCUUCUACCGUACGUUUUCUCAAAGAAAGCAUCCGAGAGCCCCCCACAGGAGCAGGAGCCCAAACUGGCCAAAGUCCCAGGGUCUUCUUCCAGGCCCCCAAAGGCAGCCUCUGCUGUGGCCACGACAACUCCCUCUCCGUCCGCCAUCAAGGCAGCAGCCAAGAGCGCCGCCCUGCAGGUGACCAAGCAGAUCACCCAGGAGGAAAACGACAGCGACGAGGAGGUGGCUCCUGAGAACUACUUCUCCUUGUCGGAGCCCCCCACCCUCAGCCCGGAGCCUUUCACUUACCCAGGGGGCAUCUUGCCGGAUGACCUGCCCCCUGGGACGGAGCCAUGCCUGGAGCCAGAGGGCCAGGAUGCUGCGGCCAAUGCCCCCCUGGAAUUUAAGACUGGGCCAGGAGCCAGCCUGCAAGCUGCCCAUGGGUGGGCACCGAAGCCUGGAGAAGACUACAGCAGCCAGCCGUAUAGCCAGUAUCCCGGCAUCCCCAGCGGUUACUAUCAGGAUUACUACAGUAGUGGCUACUAUCCGGAAUCUGGUGACCCAGCUGUGGAGGCCCCCCCGGAAGUGAGCAGCGACGUCUCCUCUUUCAUGGACGAUGAAGCGUUCAAGCGCCUGCAGGGCAAACGGAACCGUGGGCGGGAAGAGAUCAACUUUGUGGAGAUCAAGGGGGACGACCAGCUGAGCGGAGCACAGCAGUGGCUGACCAAGUCCUUGACAGAGGAGCAGAACAUGAAAUCCUUCAGCAAGAAAAAAGGUGAGCAGCCCACCGGGCAGCAGCGCAGGAAGCAUCAGAUCACGUACCUGAUUCACCAGGCCAAAGAGCGAGAGCUGGAGCUGAAGAACACAUGGGCAGAGAACAAGCUCAGCAGGCGCCAGACCCAGGCCAAGUACGGCUUCUAGGCUGCCCUGCCUGUGCCCAGCGGGGCCCGGAGCCGCUCCUGAGGCUGAGGAGGGCGCUGGCGGUCGGCAGGCUGGAGGUGGCAGAUGUCCAUCGCCCGGGCGGCCUGCUUUCUCCACGGCCGGGGGGCUCCGGAAGGGCGUCUCUGCAGGGACUGUGGCGCGGCACAGCCGGCCUUGGGGUUUGAACUGUGGCGCGUGCUGUGCCGGCUGCCUGGCUUCCAGCUCCAAGUGGCCAUCGGAACAGAAGAGGACUGGCCAGAGUGGAGGCCCCCCUGCCCCAGGGGUCUCUGGGAGGAGCGGUGGAGAUGUGAGGCACUUGGCUCCCCUCCCCGCCCCCCCCCCCAAAAAGUGUUUUUGGGUUCACGUUCCAGGCCAAGCAUCCCGCUUUGAGGAACAGUCUUGUUUUUGUAGAAUAGCAGACAGCAGCUUAACUCUCAUUUCAGUUUUGGACACUUUUCUGACACCCUCCCGGUCCUCCAUUUCGAGGUGGCAGCGUUGCUCUCGGAGGUGAAUUCCCCCCAAAGCCAUAGGACACAGCACUGGACAGAGGAGCAGCGGAGCCAGACUCUCCUUGCAGUGCAUCCAGCGACUUGAGCACGCUCCCUCGCCUCUUCAUUGGCCCUUCCUCCUCCCCCAAAGUACGCAUCUGGGAGAAGGGGCCCUGGUUUCCUCACCUGCUGCUCCCCACCAUGGUCAGGUGGGAGGGCCCCAGGUGCAGCCCGGGCCAGCAGCGGAUAGGUGUGUGCCCACAUGCUCUGCCUCCCUGUGCUGCUCUCCUGGCUGUGGUCUUCUUUGGGGGAGGGGGCAUCACUCUUUGUGUCUCUCCAAGAAGGCUGCCCCCCUCCAUUGUAGAGUUCCCGGGGGAGGGGGGCAUGUUUUUUUUAAACAGCCAAUUUCUAGUUUACUCCCGGACAUUUUAGUGGGGAAAAAUUUGUUUUUGAAUAUUCCAAAAAUAAAGUGCUCAUUCAAUUA